UUGGGGACGACAUCGGUGGGCAGAAGAGACCGCACGUUGCUCCCUAAUAGAGAGAAUAACUCUCUGUAGCUGCAGCUUAUUUCGAGACAUUUAUGCCUUAAAAAAUUGCCUGUUUAAACAUUUCUGAAGGGACCAAAACGAGAGGAUUUUUACCGUUUCAUCGUUAUCAUUACAUUUGCCAGGAUGAUAUCUGCCGUUUCCCUGUUAUUUCAUCUCUUCAUUCAGUUUGAAAUGUUUCAGAAGAAAAUAAACACCACCUACAUCAUCCCCUACCCAAGAGCUGCCAUUGUAACUCAACCUGUUGACAUACAUCACAACUUCUGCAAGUUAAAACCACUGUCCCCUGAGGAGACUCUUGAAGAACAACUUCUGCUAGAGUCCAUUGCUUGGCCUGAAACCCCAUCUUUACCAUCACCUCUUUUUAUGAACAGCAGCGAUCCAGCCCACAGCACCUUCACCAUUCUCCCCAGGAAGAGAGAGGGACAGUGGCAAAUAGGGGAUAAACUGGAGGCCCUGAUCAAAAUACAUGACUUGAUGGGCCGUCCAAAGAAGUAUGGGGGAGACGUCUUACUUGCCCGGCUGCACAACCCCACCCUUGGUGCUGGUGUUGCAGGACAAGUGGUGGAUCAUCUCAAUGGUUCCUACUCUGCUGUAUUCUCUUUACUCUGGGAAGGAAGCGCAGAGGUUGAGGUGACACUGGUUCAUCCCAGUGAGGCAGUCACAGAGCUGCGCAGGGUGAACAUAGAAGAACCCGACAGGAUCUACUUCAAGAGUCAGUUCCGCUCGAGCUUGCUCACUAGAACAACCACCUGCAACGUAUGUUUACGUCCAACCCAACCUGUGUGCAACUACACAGAUUUACGUACAGGUGAGCCAUGGUUCUGCUAUAAGCCAGCAAAUAUGAGUUGUGACACCAGGAUCAGCACCUACAAUGGAGGACAUAAAACAAGCCUGACAACCAUGGAGAAGCUUUUUCAGAGCGGCGUAAACAUGAAAGUCUCCAUUCCAGCUUCAGGACCUGCCAAUGUCACUGUUUUUCCAAAACAGAAAGGUCAGUUAGAGGUGAACAGCAGCAGUGUGGAGUCUGAACCCUCUGGCUAUUACUACCAGGGUGUGUGGCGAGCACUAGGUGGCACCACCGUUCAUCAGUUCAACACUUCCUCAGCCAUCACUCAGUGUCUGAAAGGAAAGCAGGUCUAUAUGUAUGGAGACUCCACAAUGGGGCAGUGGUUUGAGUACCUUAAUGCAGCACUGCCAGAUUUAAAGGAGUUUAACCUUCAUAGCCACAGAUCAACCGGACCUUUAAUGGCCCUGGACUAUGCAAAUAACAUCUUUGUGAGGUAUCGCACCCACGGUCCUCCUCUACGUACUGUCAGAGUCUCAUCCAUGGAGCUGCAUUAUAUUGCCAAUGAGCUGGACAAUGUGGUUGGAGGCAGUAACACUGUAGUAGUUUUUGGCAUCUGGGCACACUUUGACACUUUCCCUAUUGGGUUCUACAUCCGUCGACUGAUGUCCAUCCGCAGUGCAGUGGUACGGCUACUGUCCAGGGCUCCAGGCACAGUGGUUGUCAUUCGGACUGGAAACCCCAAACCUUAUACAACAAUUCUUGGUGCAUUUGUCCACAGCGAAUGGUACACUUUUCAGCGGGUAAAGGCACUCAAGGCUAUAUUCAAAGGAUUGAAUGUCCAUCUGGUGGAUGCCUGGGAGAUGGUUCUGGCCCACCACCUGCCACACAGCAUGCACCCAGAACCUCCAGUUAUCAAGAACAUGAUUAAUGUUCUGUUGUCAUACAUAUGUCCUCCAAAGGGCGGAUUCACUAGUUGGGCCGACUUCCUCAUUUUUGGUUUGACAGUGUUUAGUGGGUAAAGGUGAAUGUAAGGACAUGAAUUGAGCUGCGGUUUGGGGAAGGCCUCGAAGUGGUUUGGCGAUGAUUCCUGGGUCUGGCAGAUGCACUAAAUAAGUGUGAAAAAUUCAAUUCAGUUCAAUUCAAUUUUAUUUAUAUAGCGCCAAAUCACAACAAAAGUCGCCUCAAGGCGCUUUAUAUUGUACAGUACAAUAUAAAGAAGUUAAAGAAUUGAGAACACGGAGGGAGGGUGAGGUACGUAAAAACAGAAUGAACAGCUUGCAGAACUGGGGGAUCAGAUGACAACCGGAAGGAGAGUGUUUGGAGGCGUGGUCCCACUCCUGAAAUUCUGAUACAUAAUCUCCAAUAGAUUUGUUUCAGUACUCCAUUUAUAAACAUUUUCCAUCGUGCGGGUCAACCAAUUAGAUCACUCGGAUUUGGUGCUUCACUGAAGGUUCAACCCAUUAUUUUCCUUUUAAUAGGCCUAGUUGUCAGUGUGGAGAGAGGCCGGUAAGGAAGCAGACCAAAGUUAUCCUCCAAAUCUGUAUCAAGAUGGCUUACAUCCAUCCAGCUGGUUAUUAUGGUUGACUGCAAGCCCUGAAUUUGUUUCUUGAUUUUGCAAAAUUUUGUAAUUCUGUGUCUGAGAAUGCCUCACACACUUUCCACAUUGCAGUCUGUUUGGAAACCAAAGUGUUUUUUUUUCUUAUUCACUGAACUUAGCUGGAGUGAACUGGUGAUUACUAAAGAAAAUUAUUUUUUUCUAAAUAAACUGAAGGAUCUCAGACAUGAUUUGUUGAGAAUUGAGUGUGAAGUAGUUUUUCCUUUCCUCUUGCAUUGUGCUAGCUAAUUUGUGUCUGAAAGGUGUUUGGAAAAUGUCACGUGACUAUGUGGCGUAUGAAAUAUUUGGAGAGGUUGUCCUGAGUUGACUAUCUUUUAAAAUCAUUUUCAUAAUAUACAGAUAGAUACUGAUUAUUGUUACAUUAGCUUGCCAAAUAUAUUCAGAAGUGAAGUUAAAUAAAUAAAACUGCUUUGAAAAAAAAUAAAAAAUCUUUGGUUUUGUGAGGUACCACACAGGAGCACCAUUUUUGGAGUUAUACUAACAAUAAAUGUACCUACUACCCACUCAA